AUGACAGCUUUGGAGUUUGCAAGCGAAGAGUUUGGAGAAGGCAUCGGCCCGGUCCUUGUGAACAUGUUAUCGCGAGAUCUACUUGGUGUCGAGGCGGAUGAACUCAGUGCCUUGUUUCUCAUCAACUACAUCAAGAGCGGAACUGGUCUUGCAAACAUAUCAUCUGACAGCAAGGAUGGAGGCCAGUACCUGCGUAAUCGCCAGGGUAAUGAGAUGUUUGCAGUAAAACUCGCUACGAAGCUCGACAGGAAGAAGAUCAAACUCAACUCUCCCGUCGUCAAGAUUAUCCAAGGUAAGAAAGGUUGUACUAUCAAAACGAAAAGCGGUCACAAAUACCACUCCAAGAAAGUAAUUCUUUCUAUUCCGACAUCUCUAUAUCCCAAGAUCGACUUUGAGCCUCACCCACCGCCAACAAAGAAAGAGCUUGCUGGCUCUACUGAGCUUGGCUACUAUUCAAAGUCUAUCUUGGUCUUUGAUGAACCCUGGUGGCGUAAUGCCAAUUUCUCUGGUGUACUGACGUUUAUGGAUGGCCUCAUCUCAUUUACUCGAGAUACCUGCGUUCCUGAGGAUAAACAGUAUAGCAUUACUUGCUUCCAUGUCGGCCAGCCCGGUCGAAGGUGGUCUCAGCUGUCUGAGCAGGAGCGCAAGGAUACAGUGAUGAAGAAGUUCAACGACGCUUUUGGUACAGUUGUCGACAAAAUCCCUGAGCCUAUUAACAUCAUUGAGAAGGACUGGCUCAAUGAUCCUUGGUUUCUUGGUGGACCUAGCCCAGUUAUGAAGCCUGGACUGCUGACUGGUGCCGGAAAGUCUAUUCGUGAUCCCUUCAAGAAUAUUCACUUUAUCGGAACGGAGACCUCUAUUGUCUGGAAGGGGUACAUGGAAGGGGCUAUAAGAUCUGGUAUUUGUGGUGCUCUUGAGGUUACUGAAGCGCUUGACGGAUCGCCUUAUCUGUAA